UACGACUCAAAUAAACACCGCUCUUUCAUGAUGCUUUUCUCUUCUUACACGAACAAUGUUGUUCACGAUCCUUCCCCUCUUCGGGGCGGCUUUGGUCAAAGCCAGCUGUCCAGGCCCAAGUGAGGUCCAUCCGUUACCAGAUUACGAUCCGAAAGACCCCAUCCUCCAGGAAGCAUUCAAAACAAUACAUACAACCUUGAACACAAUCAUUGCUGACCCUCAAUACGACCCUCUCUCAUUCUCUGUGGAGAUAACUUCCUCCAAGGAAACACUCUGGUCUCAGCAUCAUACCGCGCGGGAAAGAAAUUCGUCCCGUCCCGACAUACCAGAAGUCAAUGGUGACGCUUUGUAUCGUAUUGCAAGUAUCACCAAGUCUUUCACCGUUCUGGGUUUGCUAUACCAGCAUGCUGCAGGAAAUCUGAGCCUGGACGACGCCAUUACGAAAUACAUUCCUGAAUUGAAGGGAAAGCAGGAGGGUACAAUACCAUGGGACGAUAUCACAUUGCGGAGUCUGGCCAGCCAGCUGAGUGGACUUCCACGAGAUUUCGCGCAGACCGACUACAUAAACGAUUGGUGGGGAUCCGAUGACCCUACUAAAUUGGGCUUCCCACCGUUGUCGCGUGAAGGCUUGUUGGAAUGCGACGAGUUUGGUGACAAUUAUGAACCAAGCUGCAAAAGAGCGGAUCUUUUGAAAGCUGUAAAGGCCAAAGACCCCGUAUUCGCCCCGAACCAGAAGUCGUCCUAUUCAAACCUCGCUUUCGAAAUUGUCGGCCUCGCAGUUGCCAAUGUUACAAACCAAACAUAUGAAUCUUAUAUCAAGGAUGCCAUUUUUGAUCCUCUCGAAAUGACUAAAAGCACGUUGUCACUACCACCAGACAGUGCUGGUGUCAUACCUGUGGGAUCUCAUUACUGGGACGUGGAUGCUGGUGUCCAGAACCCAACUGGCGGAAUAUACAGUUCAAGCAAAGACUUGUCCAAGUAUCUCCGAUACAUUCUGACGAAAUACAACGGCAUCACUCAUGCCUUGAACUGGGCCCAUCCCGUUUCCCCCGGCGAUGGUCUACAGACCUUCUACGGAACUCCUUGGGAGAUUUUCCGCACGGAUGAAAUCCUACUUGGCUCCAAACGCUCCGUGCGAUUCAUCACGAAAUCCGGAGGCCUCCCUGGGUAUCAGUCAAUUAUCAUGACCGUGCCCGAAUAUGAUCUUGGCAUCACAAUUCUCGUGGCGGGCACAGGCAGAAUAUUUACGGAACUUCUCGAAGCAGUCACCGUUGAGGCUGUUCGUGCUGCAGAGGAGGUUGCCAUACGCCAACUCCAUGAACGCUACGCUGGGGAAUAUGCCGCUGAACAGGCUGGUCUGAACACGUCAAUGAUCCUUGUAGCCGAUGAACGCGGCCUUGUACUCGAGCGAUUCAUAUCAAAUGGAACAGAUGUUCUUGAAUCACAAUUGAAACAGCUCCUUGGUCCCCAUGGAGGAGAUAUACCGUGGUAUGCAAUUUUGGCACCCACACUCCUGUACAGCAAUGAGAAGAAGGAAGAGGGCGAAAAGUGGCGCAUACUUGGGGUUCAGUAUCCAAACCCACAAGGUCACAAGAUCUGGGACAACUUCUGCCCGACUGAUUAUGACAGAGCAUCGUACGCUGGCAAGCCGUUCAAUGAAGUAAUAUUUUGGGGAGGGGAAGGUAAUACUGUUGAGACUAUCGAAGCAACUGGAUUUAGGGCCAAGUUAGUCCGCGAAAAUAAAGAAAAGGGGUUCUUGGAGGAGAACAUGGAACUAUAGGUGCAAAAAUUAAUGAAGACCUUGCAAGAUCGUCUUUGCGACAUCUGCAACCACCGCU